CCUGUGGUGAGUGAGUUCUUAGAUGUUUUCCCAGACGAGCUGCCAGGGUUACCACCUGCUAGGGAGAUAGAGUUCGAGAUUGAGUUAAUGCCCGGUACCAGACCGAUCUCUAUCCCUCCCUACAGGAUGGCACCAGCUGAAUUGAAAGAACUGAAGGAACAGUUGCAAGAGUUGGUAGAUAAGGGUUUCAUCCGACCGAGUACUUCACCUUGGGUGUCGGAACAGGGUAUUGAAGUAGACCCCAAGAAGGUAGAGGCUGUAGCUAACUGGCCUAGACCCACCACAGUGACCGAGAUCAAGAGUUUUCUGGGUUUAGCAGGUUACUACAGGAGGUUCGUUCAGGACUUCUCAAAGAUUGCUACUCCUAUGACCAAAUUGACAAAGAAGAAUCAGAAGUUCAUAUGGACCGAUCAGUGUGAGGAAAGCUUUGAGGAGCUUAAGAGGAGGUUGGAGAAUAUAGCUAUGGACUUCGUAGUGGGGUUACCGGCGACGUCCAACAGAUUGGACUCCAUAUGGGUGAUUGUGGACAGACUCACCAAAUCUGCUCACUUCAUCCCUGUCAGGAGUGGUUACUCUGUGGACAAGUUGGCGCAGGUGUACGUAGAUGAGAUUGUCAGACUGCAUGGGGUCCCGGUAUCUAUAGUGUUAGAUAGAGGUAGAACUUACCAGCAGGGUGGAGUGAUUCGGUUCGGGAAGAAGGGUAAGUUAGCUCCACGGUACAUCGGUCCUUUCGAGGUACUUCAGAGGGUCGGUAAUGUGUCGUACAAGCUAGACUUGCCUGCUUCGAUGGAGAGAAUCCAUCCGGUUUUCCAUGUUUCUCUGUUACGGAAGUAUGUGUCGGAUCCUGGCAAGGUUCUUAGUGAGCCUGAUGUAGAGAUCCAAGAGGAUCUCACCUAUGUAGAGCAGCCAGUGCGGAUUCUUGACACCCAGAUCAGAAAGCUGAGGAACAAGGAAAUCCCGAUGGUAAAGGUCCUUUGGAACCACCACAACUUAGAGGAAUGCACCUGGGAGACCCGGGAGUCUAUGCUCCAGCAAUACCCCCAUCUGUUUUGAGGUGAGUGUUAAUUGUUUUGAGUGUCUGUAUGUAUGCUAUGCUG